AUGGACAAAGACGAAUCGAGCCCAGAGAAACAGAGCACAGACCAUAUAGUCUUGAUUCCCCAACCAAGUACACACCCACGGGACCCUCUGAAUUGGACGAUUAGCCGCAAAUAUGUCAUUCUCGCAGUGCUAUGCCUUGCAUCGUUCUCUGGUGCUGUUGCGCCUCUGUCGGGACAGCUGAAUCUCGCUGACCAGGAGAAAUUGUACCAAAAGACGAAGCUGGAAGAGUCUUAUGCGAACUCGGCCGCUUUAGCUGGCAUGGCCGCUGGCCCAUUCUUCUUCGCGCCGGUGUCCUAUGUGUUCGGGCGCAGCUCCACGAUCUUUUGGUGUGUGCUGUUCACCCUGGUUUGCCAGGUCUGGGGCGCCGUUAUGACCGGUGCCGAUGAUUAUAUCCCUUAUGUGAUAUCCCGUCUUUUUGCCGGGUUCUUUGGAGCUGUGCCUACUGUACUUGGUCCUCGUAUCGUCAUCGACCUGUUCUACUUGCAUCAGCGUGGUCGCGCAUUCACCGUCUUACACAUGGCGUUCUUGUUCGGUACUAUUGCUGGCCCAACCUUUUCCGGCUUUGUCUCAGCACACUCUUUCUUUCCCAUCGAGUUUUGGUGGACGGUAGGCCUGUUGGGCUUCACUCUUAUCUGUUGCUUUUGUUUUCUUGAGGAGACUGGGUUCGAUCGCGAGCGCUUGGACCGCAAUCCAGAUAUCCCCAGCGGUAUUGUUGCAAACAGAAUUGCAACUUUCUUCUUUGGACAAGGUGUCAUCUUGCCGACUACUUGGAGGGAAACGGCCAAGGUUGCAGUUACACCUUUCAUGAUUGGCAUGUGCCCUGUGACAAUCAUCAUGGGAAUCUUUACACUGAUCUCUUUCGGUUUCUACGUCGGAGUCAACGCUCUCACGCCGGUGUGGCUCCAGAAGCCCGUUUCCGAAGGUGGUUAUGGAUUCUCGCUCGAGCAAAAUGCCGCAUUUACAUUCUGUCAUUGGAUCGGAAUCAUAUUCGUCCAAUUCUAUGGCCAUAUCCUGAAUGACAAACUCCCACUCGCACUCGCGAGGAGGUAUAAUGGCGGUGUAUGGAAGCCUGAGUAUCGUCUGCAUGUACUUUGGCUGCCUAGCCUCAUCCUCAACCCAAUUGGCUUGGGAAUCUUCGGUGCCGCGCUGCAGUACCAUCUGCAUUAUAUGGUUUUGGCACUUGCUGUGUUUAUUGUUACAAUCGGAUCACUGGCUAGUGUGCCCGUCACGGUGAACUAUGUUGUCGAAUGCUUUACGAAGCAUCCUGCGGAGGCAGGUAUCGUCAUCGGUGCUUAUCGAAUUGUUUAUGGACUAACGAUCAGCUUCUAUAUCAACCCUUGGGUUGAGGCUGUUGAUGUCGGAUGGGUUUAUGGUAUGAUGGCGUUCUUCGCUGUUUUCUCCUUCAUGUUUGUCAUGCUUCUCAUGUGGAAAGGGCACGCUAUUCGCAACCUCCAGUUUGCGAGCCUUGGGUCAAGCGAAGAGGGGAAACGAUUUGUGGGAGAAUGA